AUGGCUUACAAGACUGCUGCUACUAAAACCAUUAAGCUACCAAAUGGUCUAACCUACGAACAGCCAACUGGUCUGUUCAUUAACAAUGAAUUUGUUGAAUCCUCCGAUGGUAAGACAAUGACCAUCGAGAAUCCAUCUACACAAGAGCCAAUUGUCGAUGUCUUCUCCGCUACUAAAGAAGAUGUUGACUACGCUGUUGACUGUGCUGAAAGAGCUUUUGAAAAGAGUGACUGGGCUACUCAAGACCCAAAGGUUAGAGCCCGUUAUUUGAGCAAGCUAGCUGACCUAAUGGAAGAACAACUGGAACUUAUUGCCUCCAUUGAAACCUUGGAUAACGGUAAGACAAUUGCUCUAUCCCGUGGUGAUGUUCAACUAUCUAUUAACUGUAUCAGAGAUGCUGCCUCAUAUGCCGAUAAGGUCGACGGUAGAAGUAUUGACACUGGUGAUGGCUACAUGAACUACACCAUCAGAGAACCAAUUGGUGUCUGCGCACAAAUUAUCCCAUGGAACUUCCCACUGAUGAUGCUAUCAUGGAAAGUCGGUCCAGCCUUGGCCAUGGGUAACUGCAUUGUCCUAAAGCCAGCUUCUGCCACUCCAUUAAAUGCUCUAUAUUUCUCUUCUCUAUGUAAACAAGUUGGUAUUCCAGCUGGUGUUGUCAACAUUAUCCCAGGUCCAGGUGGUAUGGUUGGUACUGCUCUAACCACUCAUCCAAAGGUCAGAAAGGUGGCUUUCACUGGUUCUACCGAUAUUGGUAAGGAUAUUGCUGUCAAGGCUUCUGCUUCUAAUUUGAAAAAGAUUACUUUAGAAUUGGGUGGUAAGUCUGCUCAUUUGGUCUUCAACGAUGCUAACCUAGAAAAGACCUUGCCAAACUUGGUUAAUGGUAUUUUCAAGAACGCUGGUCAAAUCUGCUCUUCAGGUUCCAGAAUAUACGCUCAAGCAGGUAUUUACGACAGAUUACUAAAGGAGUUCAAGGCCUACAUCGAAAAGAACAUUAAGGUUGGUAACCCAUUCGAUGAAUCUAACUUCCAAGGUGCAAUCACUAACAAAGAACAAUACAACACCAUUUUGAAGUACAUCAACAUCGGUAAAGAAGAAGGUGCAAAGGUUCUUACUGGUGGUGAAACUGCUGCCGAGAAAGGUUACUUCAUCAAGCCAACUGUCUUCUACGAUGUCAAGGAAGAUAUGAGAGUUGUCAAGGAAGAAAUUUUUGGUCCAUGUGUUACAAUCUCAAAGUUCGAAGAGAUCGAAGAUGGUGUUGCCAUGGCCAAUGACUCUGAAUUCGGUCUAGGUGCUGGUAUUGAAACUGAAAACUUGAGCACUGCUUUGAAAGUGGCUAAGAUGCUUCACUCUGGUACUGUCUGGAUUAACACAUACAACGACUUUGACUCCAGAGUUCCUUUCGGUGGUUACAAGCAAUCUGGUUACGGUAGAGAAAUGGGUUCUGAAGUAUACGAAUGUUACACCCAAACCAAGGCUGUCAGAAUCAAGUUAUAA